GCAGAUUCCUUUAGACGACAAAAUGCUGAUAAAGUGCGAUCUGCUCGCGACUCUGGUACUGCUCUGUUUAUUCUUCGACUUUGCGAAUUCCUCCAGCGAUGGUAAACAAACGGCUCUUGUUGGACAAACAGCUGCAAUCCCUCAGCACCAUGGAAACCAGGAAAGAUUCAUCAGAUUCGUGGUGAAACGUUGCAGCAAGAAAGCUUUUCAUCAGAAACACAGAGAGCAUGAAUCUUUGGCUGAACGCGUCCGCGCUUUGGAAUCUUGCGUUGUCAACAAACUCAGAAAGGUAUGCUCACCCACUGAGUUUAGCUUCGAGAACGGACGAUUUAUUGAGAUCCACAGUUCGAAAAAGGCGGAGAUUCCCAAAGAAAAUGAUCUUGCCAAACGUCGCAGCAAACGUUCUGCAAACGCCAGCAAACAAAAAUCAAAGGGACGUCGUCAAGUGACGAAUGAUUCGAACCGAAAGAAGCCGAAAUCAGAAACUCCUGACGACGAAUCAUCCCCCAAAGUCAAGUCGAAAUCUCGCCAAGCCAGAAAAAACUACGACAAUAGAAAACAUCACCACGAAGAAGAAGAAGAAGAAGAGGAAGAAGACGACGAGGAAAUUCGCGAGAGAAGCAAAGGAAACCAAAGGCGGAAGCAAAAGGGGAAGAAUAAAAAUCGACACGAAUCGUCAACUGAAGUUGAAGACGAUCAUGAGGCUGCGGAACAAAAGCGGAAGCCGAGUAGGAAAAGGCCGAAUAACAAUGAUGAUGAUGAAGUCAAGUCCAAGAAACAAAGUUCUGAAGGUUCGCGAAAGAGAACUGACGAAGAAAAAGACACUGAAUCCCGGAAAAAGUCUCAAAAAGACUAUACGAAAGACGACGUAGGAGGCGAUAAAAAUUUUGAGGUCAGACGGGAUUCGAACUCGCACCGCAAUCCUGUCGACGAAGAAGCUGCUGCUGCUGCUGCUGAUAGUGAAGCCAAUCACAAUAAAGCCUUCACCAGAAAUGACGAGGAAGUUGAAAAAAGAAGAACUCACUCUGAGAGCAAUAUUGAACAGCGUGAAGAAAUUUCAAAAUUAAAUUCCAAACCUCUGAAAAAGCGUCACGAAGAAGCAGUUACCAGCAGCAGUAUUUCUGAACAUGAAAAAAGGAAGCAAGACGAAAAGCGACCCGCCUUCAGCUAUGAAACACUCGACGCGUGGAACAAAAGCAAAGAAGAUCUCAUUUUGGGAGUGCAAACCAGCAGCAAAUCUGUCGAAGAAAGGACGUCAGGAAAUUCGAAGAGACCCGCAGAUAACGCCAGCAGCAGAAGAACCUCGCAUUCAAAUUUCCCGCCGUUGUGGGUUUUUUCGAAAGAGCCGUUUCUUGUCAUGGCCGCCGGCGAGUCGGCGUUUCAUCGCAGGGAACAAUCCGACAAGGAAGACAUCGUUAGAUUGCUUGUGUGUCGCGUAUCAGGAGAAGACUUGCUCAGCCGAAUCAAGAUGGACAGGAUCAAGCUUGCUCGCGUUGUAAAAGUUCUUGGCCGAACUGGCUCCCAAGGUCAAUGCACCCAAGUGAAGGUGGAGUUCCUUGACGAAUCAUCGCGUUCCAUCAUCCGCAAUGUGAAGGGCCCUGUUCGCGUCGGAGACACGCUCACGUUGCUCGAAUCUGAACGUGAAGCUAGAAGGCUAAGAAAAUCAGCAAUGGUAAAUGUUACGAUAUCCGAAGAGUGUUUUGGUCGGUUAUGUAACGGAGAUGAGGUUAAAGCAAUUCGGAUGAUAGAAAAUACUUCUGGUGCUGUGUUGGAACUCAUAAGCUAUGGUGCUCGCGUGAGGAACUUCCACAUUCCUGGUACCGAUGGGAAACUUGUUGACGUCGUUCUUGGACACGAUACUCUCGAAGAUUACUUGAAGGACGAUUCUCCGUAUUUCGGUGCUACAAUCGGUCGCGUUGCUAAUAGAAUUCAGAAAGGUGCUUUCAUACUUGAUGGGAAGUUGUUUCAACUGCCGGUUAAUGAUGGGGAGAAUCACCUGCAUGGGGGCCCGGAAGGAUUUAGUCGCAAAAACUGGUCCUCCGAAAUCUUGCGUGAUUCAGUCAAGUUCCAUUUGAAAAGUCCGGAUGGUGAUCAGGGUUAUCCGGGCAAUGUUUUUGUCAGUGUCGAAUAUUCAUUCCAUUCUCCUCGAAGCAUUCAGAUUUAUUUUGACGCAACUACUGAUGCCCCAACCCCGCUCUCUCUAACGAAUCACGCAUAUUUCAAUCUUGCGGGGCACGACGCUGGACGAACUGAAUUGCUGUGUCAUCAUGUGAAAUUGUAUUGUGAUAAACGUACGCCGACUGAUGAGUCCCUCAUUCCAACUGGACAAAUACUUCAAGUUGAAGGCCAAUAUGAUCUGCAAUCGAUGACUGAGUUGAAGGAAAAGAUCCCAGCUGAUGGCUAUGACGACAACUUUUGCCCCAUUAUGAACGAAAAACUAAAACCUUAUGCAACUGUUUUUCAUCCGCGUACAAAAAUACAAUUUCACGUAUCCGGGACACUUCCCGGUGUCCAGUUUUAUACUGGAAAUUUUUUGCCCAGUUCAAGACUGGGAAAAGGUGGAGUGCUGUACGAACGUCAAGGUGCAUUUUGUCUCGAACCCCAGCAUCAUCCAAAUUCAGUGAAUAAUCAUUUGUCUUCUUGUAUUUUGCGACCUGCUGAUCGUUAUAAACAUGUGAUUCUAUGGGAAUACGAUUUGGCUGAUGUUUAAGUUGACUUCGUUUUCGAAAUGCUCUUAAGAUGACGGACAGCUCUCUGCGUUGGAUUUUAUCGAAGCGAAAAAAUGCCUUCCUCUCUUUCUUAAUUUUUUCGAAAUCUUUGUUCUCUUGUGCUAAUAUUGAUCCGCGGAAAGGAUUAUUUUGAAUUUUGAAUUGAUGUUGGUCGGAUGUGCUCGAAUGAAGUAGUGGAAGGGGAUGCUGAA